AUGGCUUCAACAUUACAAGGCAUACAACAACCUCCCGUCAACCUUGGCUAUUGGCCUGCACCUAUCAAUACCACUGGCGGACAAUGUUCGUGGUGUGGAAAAUAUGGUCAUCAACGAGGCGUUUGCCCGUAUCUCAAGUCUUCUUGA